AUGUCCUUCGCUGAAAACCCGAGAAUAUCCGCCCAAUCCCCUCCCCUCACCGUGCUGUUCUUAUUCUUCCUCGUCAUCUUUGGACUCGCUGUUGCCACAGGUCUCUUCAUCCUCGCCUCUGACAAAGCUGAGGCUGCUGGUGACAUCCUCCUCUUCUUGACGGACUUGUGCGAAUACGUCGCUUUCGAGGCCUGCCUGGAAGCUGUUUUCGCUGUGUUGCCGAUGUUGGAGAGAAGUCAGUCUCAAGAAAUCGGAAUUGACCAAGGCGAGGUAAAGACGGUGGAUAUCACUAUACUGGAUUGCAUAGAGCAUGUCGCUGGUUCGGUAAUGAGUGACAUUGCACGCCUCUCAUACGGUGAUCUUCCUCGUAUCGACGCUCUUCCCCCGUCAAUGACAUCCUCGGGUGAUGUAGAUUCCACAUUGGAUAUCUCUGAAGCACAGGAGAUAUCUGUGGUGUCAGUUUCGGACAUCAGCCUGUACGCUACCGUCCCCGCACAGAAAUCGAUAUCGCGCAAUGUGAUUAAACGCACGGCAGUCGGCUAUGCUGCGUUCCGCUCCGGUAUUAUUAGCUCAGAGUCAACCCUGCCAGUCAGUCGGAGACGAGAACGCGUAGAACGCUUUAGCACCAUCAUGUUUUCAGGAUCUACGGGCCAUGGCGGAGAGACUCGACACAGUUGGAACCUUCAGACACCCAUGGGAGGACCACUGAUGGACGAUACCGUAGACCCUUUUGCGGCAGCUGAGCCUAUGGGCGAGCAGUGA